AUGUUUGUUAAAGCCACAGGUGAUGUCUAUCGUCCUAGUCGAAAUGGAACAUACAUUCAAAUUUUCAACAAAGCAAAUCCAUCAACUCCUGAAUGGCAAGCAGAUUGUGGAUAUUCAUCAGAUUGUAUCUAUUCUGGACAAACUGUUCUUUUCUAUGUCCGAAAUGCUAAUUGGGUUUAUGGUGCGACUUAUUAUAUUUUAUUUUCAAGUGGAGCUGCAUCGGGUAAUAUAUUUUGUAGUCCUGAAUCAGAUCCUAUUACAGAUACAAGCUAUUGGAAUUUCAACAUUUGGGAUCCAGCUGUUUCAAGUACGACGACAACGACAACAACUCCACCAACAACUGGUACUGUAACAACACGACCUCUAUUAACUACAACCCCCAAUGCUAGUUUGACUACGACUGGCAUUAUAAUCACAAGCACAUCGACUGUACAGACAACAACAGUAACAACAAGUACAACAACAACGACAUCAACAACAACUGGUAAGCCUUGA